CCUGAACGUUGUGAGCAACAGCAACGAUGGCCCCCCAGUCGUCGUCGUCAGCGACGACCUCGGUCCAAGUUGCCCUUCGUAUACGGCCGACGACUGCUCAAGAUAGCACUAAUAUUCCCGCUCGUUUCCAACGCUCAGUCCUUCACGCCACCUCCACCAAUUCCGUCGCUGUCGAAGGCACGUCGAGCGCGCCGCCUAAUGCGGGUUCAUCAUCAGCUGUCCCUGCGGCUUCGUCCAGCGCGGCGUCGAAGAAGCAGGUUUUCUCCUUUGACCAAGUCCACGGUCCUUCCACAACGCAGCAUGCCAUGUUCACCUCCACUGCACAACCUUUAAUCUCUCGCUUCAUCGAAGGCUUCAAUUGCACUAUUCUCGCAUACGGACAGACAAGCAGCGGAAAAACUUUUACCAUGACUGGCAUGGACCUGGAUGCCGACCCCUCUGAUCCUGGCAACGGCAUGGGCAUCAUUCCGAGGGCGGUUUCCACGAUUUUUUCGCGCGCAAGACAACUCAAAGAAGAGCGUGGCACCGCUUGGAAUUACAGCAUCAAGGGAUCCUUCAUAGAAAUUUACAACGAAGAUCUCAUCGAUUUGUUGAGUAUGGAUGAUACGGCUGGCGGUCGGCGCGAGGUGCAGAUUCGCGAAGACAAAGAUGGUCACAUUAUCUGGGGCGGGCUUCGCGAGGUGAACGUGAAAAACUCGGGCGAGGUCAUGAAUCUUAUCCGUAAAGGGACGUCAAUUAGGCGCACAAAUGAAACCGACAUGAAUGCCCAGUCGUCCCGUUCUCAUGCCAUCUUUUCCCUCACCUUAACUCAGAAAAAGUACACCGGCUCUGGAGCCCCACCACGUUCUUCCUCUCCUUUACCCCCGGGUGGUCGUUCGCCCUCACGCCUAGCGCGUCCGGGGUCUGUUUAUUCAUCAAAUCCCAGCGGCUCAAGGGUUGCUUCUCCAACUUUUGGUCGCCCAUCAACUCCAAGCUUCGCAGCUGCGAUGGGACGUGGCGGCGGACUCCGGCCUACCAGCGCUCUUGGGCAUGCGGCAGACAGGGCGAUGAUCUCCCAUGAUGACGAAGCUGGAGAAUGGGUUACCAUUGUGUCCAAAUUCCAUUUCGUCGAUUUGGCGGGUUCUGAACGACUUAAGAGGACCGCCGCCGCAGGAGAGCGCAUUAAAGAGGGUAUCUCUAUUAACAGCGGUCUUCUGGCCCUCGGAAAUGUCAUAUCCGCGCUUGGGGACCCUUCUCGUGCCAAGUCGCAUACGGCAACUCACGUUCCUUAUCGUGACUCCAAACUUACUCGACUUCUUCAAGACUCGCUUGGCGGUAAUGCCCAUACACUGAUGAUCGCAUGUGUUAGUGCAGCCGAGUACAACGUCGGCGAAACUAUCAAUACCCUCAAAUACGCUAAUCGCGCUCGAAAUAUCAAGAAUAGAGCAGUGGUCAAUGAGAAGGAGGAUGGAUGGGAUGACAUUGAAUGGCUCCAGGGUACGGUCACUCGCCUACGGAGAGAGCUGAAAUCUAUCAAGGAAGGCGGCAAUGGCAUCGUUGGUGAAGUCGGUGGUCCUGACGCGCUGGAAGGUGCUGGCAGGAAAGUCCUUGCUCAGAUGACGGAGCUCCAGAACAACUACGAGGAUCUUAGGGAAAAGUUUGUAGAGCGUACCGAGGAGCUGACGAGACUCAGACGGGAGCUUGGAGAGAAACACCGAGGUAGCAGUGCAGGUGCGAUUGGGGGCACCGCUAAAUAUGAGGAGAUAGUGGGCCCCGUCAUCGAGGAGUACGAGAAGACUAUUGCGGCUAUGGAAGCAGAGCUUAAUCUCAAUCGAGCUGCGUUGCGGCAUACCAACGAAAUGGUCGAGGAGAAGGAGGAGGAGUUGUCCGCUGUGACGGAGAGGCACGCUGCUACCGAGUUGUAUGUGGAGGAGCUUAGGGCUCGUGUUGCAAAGCUGACAGAAAGAGAAGCUUCUACGGAGGCGUACGUUCGCGACCUGGAGGAGAAAAUGAAGGCUUAUGACGAAACGUCCAUCACUUCAAGCGAGUCAAUGACAGAUUUGAAGCGCGAAGUUGCUCGGUUCAAAGAUUCCGAAUCCCACUCGACCAAAUACAUCGCUGAUCUGGAAGCGCGACUCGCGCGCUCAGAUGAGUCGAUUCUAGCCCUUCAGCAAACAGUCGAAAAUUUAGAGCAAGAAGUUGAACGGCGUAGAGACGAAGUCGAGUCAUUACAAACUCGGCUACAGGUCAUUCGUCAAGACGGAGAGGGCUGGCGUAAUGACUUAGAGGAGAGGGAGCGAAAAGUACGAGAGCUGGAGACGAAGAUGCAAGAAUGGGAGAGGAAAAAGAAGGAUGCUGGAGAUACCAGAGCAAGACUGGGAAGUGUGGUUGAUGAAGUUGCACUUGCCCGACACAGUCUUGACAUCGACUUCAAAAAUGCUGCACCGUCUCUUCAAGUUAACGGCGAAUCAGAAGAGAAUCCGGACCAUGUGAACGGCAUAUCUCUGGCAGCGCUUGAGGCAUCGCCUUCCCCUUCGGCCCCUGUAACACCUCCAGAAACGGCAGAGACCGAUCAGUCUCUUCACAAUCAGUUCGUCGCACUGCAGCAGACCCACACGGCGACUUUGGCCGACCUCUCAUCAGUGACGGCCAAGUACCGAGAUGCUUUGCGUGAGAUCUCGGACCUCGCCGCACAAAUCCAGGAAGCGAAACUCAGCAAUUCCGUGUCAAGCGAAUCUUUGGACUCUCCCACCACAACCGACAAAUCCAUGGAACUGUCUCCCAUGAGGAGGCGUAUAGCCAGUCGAACAAGAGAGGCAAGCGAGCCUCAGUACAACGCCGCCGGGAGACGGCUUUUUUUCAGGCAGGCGGCCUCAGCAGAAUCGCUCCACUCGAGGUCGCUUUCGCAAUCGCAAUCGCUUUCACAGGAGCUCUCCUCGGUUCACUCGCGCAAAACCUCUUUUUCAAGUCUUAGCUCGCAUUCACAUUCACAUUCCCGAUCCAAUUCAAAUUCGACCUCUACCCUAAAUUCUUUGCUGCAGAGUUCCCGACCCAAUCUUUCGAUUUCUGUGCCCAAUGGGGUCCCGAAUCAUGCGGAACGUUCUGUGUCGAGUCUUGAAAUGGAAAUCAUGCGCUUGCAGGACGUUUUAAAAGAACGAGAGGUAGAAAUUUCGGUCCUUGAAAAUUCUCUGAAGCAGAGUCGGGAUGAUCAAAGCGCAGCAUCGUCCUCAGCCCUCGCUACACCCGCGGACGAGAUUUCUGAGAUCUUACCAAAGGUCAACGGUCCUUCUUCAGUUCAUCUUUCACCGAAAACGAUGGGGCACUUUGAUCACAUACGAAGGAGCAUGGAGAACGCGAACGGUCAUCCUGUUGUGGACCUCCAAGACUCAGAGUCUGAGAGAAAUGGCUCGUCGGUCAUUUCGGAGUCCGACGAAUCGUUGGAGCGCCUGAAUGAGCUAAUGCUGUCUAUGGCUCAAAAGGAAUCCCAUCAUCGAGAAGUAGUUGAUACUUUGAAUGAGCAGCUAACCCAGCUAAGGCGGCAGCACGAUGAACUCACGACGCUGUCAAGGGACCAGGCCCUGAACAUGUCUUCUGAGAUUGAAAACCUUCGAUCACAAUAUGAUCAUGAUCUUCGAACGCUUGACGAGGUGCAAAAGCGCGAAGCCGAGCUCUCAGCAACUCUGGAGCAAGCUAUUAUUGAUCAUGCCGCCGCUAUAGAGGAGAUACGAGUUCAAUAUGCUGAGGCAUUGAAAGCCAAGCAAGCUGAAAUCGAUGAUCUGCUUUCUCGUUUCAACACAGACGAGACAUCUUCCUCAUCUCUUCGCAACGAGCUUGUAGCAGUUUCCGCCACGCUUGAACAGGUGCACCGGGAUCAUGAGUCUCGUCUACAGGAAGCGAACGAGAUUCUCUCCCGGACCAAGGACGAGCACGAAGCGGCAAUUCGUAAGAUCAUCGCCGAACACGAAGAACUUAUCAAGCAGAAUGAAGCCCAGUCGUCUUCCGUUCUUCACAAAACGGAGGAGGACUAUUACAAUGUUCUGACAAAGCUGCGUAGAGAUCAUGCGGUAGCUAUGGAGAAGCAAUCUGCGGAUGCAGCCGCUGCUCUGGAGCGUUUGAAGGAGGCGCACGCGGGGGAACUUCGGAUGGCCGAAAUUGCCCGCGAAGGAUCACUUUCCGAAUCACAGUCUUCUAGUGCUAUUGCGCUGCAGGGACUCCAAGAGGAGCAUUCUGCAGCCAUGGCGAGGAAACAGGCCUCGUUUGCGGAGGAGCUGGAGUUAUUGAAGGCAGAACAUGCUCGAGCGCUUGUUACGCAGGAGGAGGACUAUCAAUUGCAGAUGGAUAAGAUUCGCUCUGAACAGGAAGGAGUCCUUAUGAAAUUGAAGGAAGAGUGGCGGGUGGAGGGUGAGCGUCUGAACUCCACUAUCAUCGCAAUUAAGGAGGAAGCCGCGUCAUCAGCGUCGGUUGCGGCUGCAAAUGCGUCGACUGAAUUGGAUGCUGCCGUGAAAUUGGUGAAAGAGCAGCAGGCGACGGUGCUGCAGGAAUUCGAGCGCGGUCACGAGGCUGAGAUCUUACGUCUCAACGCGGCUCAUUCUUCGGCGCUUGAAGAUCUCGAGGCCCGGGCUGCCGAUAAGCACGCCGCUCUUGUUCAAUCCCACACAGAAGAGAUUCUCAAGCUCAAAUCCGAUCAUCAACGAUCCAUCACCGAGCUCAACGCGAGCAUUGUCGCCCUUGAGGAGCAUUAUACAGCUGCUCUUGAAGACGCUCGAGUCCGUAGUGAGCAAGAACUGGAGGAAGAGAGAGAGCGAUUAGCCGCAACUCUCGACGAUCUCAAAGCACAACAUGAUGCGGAACUUGAUGUCUUGCGCAAAGAUCAUGAAUUACUCGCGGAGGAGGCUGAGGCGCAGAAAAUCGCUGCUGAAGAGUUCGCACUACUCCGUGAAGAAUCCAGAGAGAGCCACGAGCAGGCUAUGGAGGAGAAGACGGCGCUUGUUUCCGAGAUGCAACAGCAGAUGUCGAUCUAUCAGGACGAGCGCGACGAACUAGCUGUAGAGGUUUCGAAGCUUCGCGCUGAACUUGACAAAACAAAAAGCGAACAGUCGAAGCUUAUUCAAGAGGCCUCAAAGCGCGAAUCGCUUGUGGGUGAACUUGAGCGACAUCGUUCUGUGCUUGCUGAGAUGCAGGAGAAUUUGCAGAAGGUCAAGGACGAAAAGGACACACUGCAGGUGGAAAAAAAUCGUUCCGAAACUCUUCUACGCGAACUGCAAGCUCAGCUGGCUCGAAGCGGGUCACCUCCCAACGCUCGACCUCCCACAGACCGCACUGUGUCGUACAAUAGAGGCAACGGUCUUCCUCCUAUGAAACUUCCUCCUCCUACGCCUCCGCCGUCAGUUCCUCCCCCUCCCGCUCCUCGAUCACAUGACGCUGUCGGUAGCGUUUCUUCGCAAGCAUCUUCUGCCGUUACUUCAUCCUCAUCAUCCCGAGAGUCGCAGCUAGACUCUCCGUCAACUUCCAUCGGUCCGGGUUCUGUCAAUAAUAUUGUUCCGAGCGCAAAAUUGGAGCAACAAGCUAAAUUGAUCGAUGAGCAGGAAGCGAUGAUUAAGACAUUGAAUAAGCAACUCACGCACUGUGAAAGCGACUUGCAGACGCACAUGGAUCUGGUCAGCACGCUGGAAACUUCUCUCGGCGAUUCAGAGAAAAAUCUCCGCAAGGCCCGGAUGCAUGCCACGGAACUAGCCCGAGAACGAGACACGCUUAAUACGAAACUAGAAGGUCUCCGCAAUGAACUUGUGGAAGCCAAACGAGAGGUCGUCAAUGUUCGCCGGUCAAUAGUGGAAGAGAAACAAUCAUACGAGCAGCGAUUAGACGAAGAACGCAAAGCGAAGGAACGAGCGCGUCAACAGCUGGAUUCACGGAUGGAUGAGCUGGCUUCGAAACGUAAAUCCAAGUUCGCGUGUCUAUGAUUGUUCCUUCCAGUUCCUUCCGCCAUGCCAUCCCUAUUCUUCUCUGCAUACAUUCGUUUACGGCCCGCUCAUGUCCAUUAUCCACUCAUUCGUAACCUUAUUCGUUCUCCCCGCUCUUCUCACUAGGUUACUUGCUUGGGAUACCCACUGUUAUACUGUUUUACUUAGCUAUUCCAUAUGUUUUUCUUAUACCUCCUCUUUCCCGUAUAUGUAGGGUAUAUAUGUUACACGUUACGACCUCAUUCUAUCAAUGGAAUCUCGGAUUAUAAUCCCUGUUGUCGACAUGAAACCAUUCCAGCAGCUCUGGUCCUCGGGGUCGGCAUAUCCGGAUCUUGCAGUCUGCGCUGGGUGCGCUGGCAGUGGCGCGCGGCGUGUCAUAGGCCCGGAGCCACGUGA